AUGGACACAAACAUCAAAAACAACGAAAGACCUUCGACAUCUCUUCCUCAAUCAACAACUAUCAAACCACUCGAGGUUCCUACUACCAUGUUCAUUCCAGAGAUGGUUCAUACUUCAGACAUCCUUGAGAACACAUCUCAUGUAGACUCAAAUGUCAAUAUAGGUGGGAAAUCUACAAUCGAUUCUUUGAUAGUUACUCCACAAUUAGAUUCACCACUCAAAUUCUCAUUACAUCAAUUCACGUUUGUUCCUCAAAAUUCUCCAACUUGUGCUGGUAUGUUUACUCAUGCAAUUACCUCUUUCUUUUCUUCACAAUGUACUGACCACUAUUUUGAACAAGGAAAGGAUAUUUCACAGAAUAUGGAAGAUGAGGAAGAUGAAGGUUUUGGUUUUGGUAAACUAACUUUUGAUCUUGAGGAAGAAGAUAUUGCAGAUGAAGCUUUGAUGUCAGGGAAACAAUAUUGA